CAAAUAUUCUCUUGUAGCGGUAAAGCUAUUUGGCUCCUCCUACCGCGUCCGAGGCCCGGUUAAGGCAUUCCUUCGGACGUACUAGUUUAGUUCAGAUGCUUAAAAUUAUUUUAAAUAGUAUAUGAACUGAGGAAGAUAUUUUUUUAAAAAAAAACAAAUAAAACCGAGGAAGCUAUUAUCAGCGCCUGGGAUUUUUUUUUCCUCCCACUUUUCCUACCGAAUUUUUGAAUUGAGAAGCGUCGGGCAGUCCUUUAGGCAACUAUGGAACAGUCGCCAGUAAAGGGGCUUAGCGGGCUCCAGGCGCAUGCGUAGUGACCGAACGGCCGGGAACGCGGCGCUUCGGAAGGCAGGAGCUCGCUCCAGCCGCGAGGCCGGCGGCUGUUCGCCCGCCCCCCUCCAGAUAUCCAUUCCGGAGCAGGUUUUCGUGAGGAAAGGACCCGCGGUGGGAGAAUUUUUGCAAUCGGAGGACCUCCUUUGCCCGGAGUGAAGCGGAAGCGCCGCCAUUUUAAGAACGUCCGGAGAAUCGCUUCGACGCAAGCGUUAGGUCAGAGAGGAUUUUACACCAUCUUUUAAAUUGCUGCUUGUACAGUCAUUUGCUGGAGAAAAAAUCUGUAGUUAACCAUGGCGGAGCUGGAGAACCUUGAGGUGAUGAUAAAAACCUUGGAUUCUCAGACAAGAACAUUCACAGUAGAAGGAGAGAUCACCGUGAAAGAGUUCAAGGAGCACAUAGCGGGCUCAGUCAACAUUCCCUCCGAAAAACAGCGCCUCAUCUAUCAAGGGAGAGUCCUACAAGAUGACAAGAAGUUGAAAGAAUACAAUGUUGGAGGCAAAGUCAUCCACUUGGUGGAACGCGCCCCUCCCCAGACCCAGUCGCCCUCGGGAGGGCCUUCAGGAGCAGGCUUGUCCACCGCCCCUCACAACAACACGGGACCCCGGGGGUCAGGUUCCACUGUCCAUGACCGCAACGCCAACAGUUACGUUAUGGUGGGAACCUUCAACUUACCAAACGAUGGAUCGUCUGUGGACGUUCAUAUAAAUAUGGACCAGGCUCCUAUUCAGAGUGAACCUCGUGUCCGUCUCGUUAUGGCCCAGCACAUAUUACGGGACAUUCAAGGUAUCCUGAACCGACUAGAGGGUAACACCAGUGACCAUGCUGCUGUGGGAUCCGAGGAUACGCCGUCUGCUAGCCCGACCGAAAGGGAGCCGAUGACAGGCACCGAAUCGGAGCCUCCCCAGGAGCCCACGCCAGCCGAGGAAACGCCGCCCUCUGGGAGCGAGCCGCCCCCUGGGGCUGAAGCAGCUGCCCCCAACCACCCGUCACCUGGAGAGUAUGUGGAGGUUCUGGGCGAGCUUCGUGGGUUGGAAAGCAGACUCCAGCCUUUCCUGCAGAGAUACGAGGAGGUCCUGGGAACUGCUGGCACUGCCGACUACAACAACAACACGGAAGGCCGCGAAGAAGACCAACGCAUAAUCAACCUGGUGGGGGAGUCGCUGCGCCUUCUGGGGAACACCUUUGUAGCCCUCUCGGACUUGCGCUGCAAUCUCUCCUGCAGCGCCCCCCGCCAUCUCCACGUGGUGCGACCGAUGUCCCAUUACACAGCUCCCAUGGUCCUGCAGCAAGCUGCCAUCCCCAUCCAGAUUAACGUUGGCACCACCGUCACCAUGACGGGCAACGGUGGCCGCCCCGUCCAGACCAACUUGGAAGGCUCUGCUGCUGCUGCUGCUGCUGCUGCUGCUGGUGCUCAGGCCGCUCCCACAUCCCAGCCUCGCACUUCCAGCCCCGUGGAGUCAACUCAGCCGUCCGAUGGCUCGCCUCCUUCCCUCUCCCCGGGGGUCACCGCUAUGCCGCCGCAGGCCUCUCAACCAGGGCACCCCCGUGUCAUCCGCAUUUCACAUCAGACGGUCGAGCCUGUGGUUAUGAUGCACAUGAAUAUACAGGACUCCAGCUCCCAGUUGGGCAGCGGCAGUUCCGGCGGAGUGCCGUCGAUGGGACCAGCUGGUUCAACGGGACACUCCCAAGGGAUGGGUAGCGGUCCCCACAUGCCCCUACCCAGCCUCCCACCGGAGUUCAUGCAGGCCGUUGCCCACCAGAUAACGCAACAAGCCAUGGCAGCGGCGGCCUCAGCAGCCACAGGCCAGCAGGUCCCCAGUUUCCCAUCGGCUCCGACACGCGUAGUGAUUGCCAGGCCUUCUGCUCCUUCUGUGCGGCCCACCCACGCGGGGCCUCCCCAGGCCGUAGGACAAGGGGGCCCAGGCAUGGGUGGCAAUGCUUCCUUAGCCCAGAUGAUCAGCGGAUUGGUGGGACAGCUUCUCAUGCAGCCUGUGAUAGUGGCUCAGGGCAGCGGGGCUUCCUCGUCGACUUCUUCUUCCGUCAGCAGCCAAGCUACUUUCAGCACCAGCACCUCUGCCUCCCCUCCCACAGCCUCAGCCAGCGCUGGCACCACCAACACGGCCACGACGGCUGCAGGGGGCAGUUCAGCUGGGGCCCCGGGAGGUCCCAUCCCUUCGGGCCAGACUCCUGCAGCAGCCGCCACCGAACUCCAGUUCUCUCAACUGCUGGGGAACAUCCUGGGGGCGGCAGGCUCCAGCAUGGCGGGGGUGGCAGGGGUGGGGUCUCCCACCAUCACGGUGGCUAUGCCCGGCGUGCCUGCUUUUCUGCAAGGCAUGACAGACUUCCUUCAGGCCCCCCCAAACCCUCCUGAGCAGAUGGCGCCUCCUCCGCAACCAGCUGCUUCUCCUUCGCCCCCUCCUCCCUCGGCCCCCCAAAGUGGACCGGAGGGAUUCUCGGCCGGCCUGGGCAGCGGUGGCCAUGGCGUCCGUGGGGGCGCCUCAGCAGAUGCUUUGCCUCCCGAGUUCUUCACCAGCGUGGUCCAGGGGGUGCUGUCGUCCAUGAUGGGCUCCCUCAGCGCCCAGCAAGGCAGCACGGAGAGUAUCGCCGACUUCAUCCAGCGCCUCAGCGGCACCAGCAACAUCUUUGAGCCGGGCACAGAAGGCGCUCUGGGCUUCUUUGGAGACCUCCUGUCUUUGAUCUGCCAGAACUUCUCCAUGGUGGAUAUGGUGAUGCUGCUUCACGGCCAGUUCCAACCUCUGCAACGGAUUCAGCCCCAGCUCAGCCGCUUCUUCCGGGAAGAGUACCUGCACGGCCAGGAGCCCACCGACCGCAACGUCCGGAUGGCCACCUACAGUUUGAUUAACGGUUUGGAGGAAUACGUCCGGGAGAGUUUUGCCUCGGUCCAAGUCCAAGAUGGAGUUGACAUUACCCGCACCAAUUUGGAGUUCCUGCAGGAGCAGUUCAACCGAAUUGCCACGCAUAUCUUGCACUGCACCGAUCACACCUUUGGCUACCGACUGCUUGAGCUGUGUAACCAGGGCCUCUUUGAGUGUUUGGCGCUGAACCUUUACUGCUUGCGAGGGGAACAGACGGCCCUCACCACAGUCAUCAAUGACCGCAUUAGGCGGAUGUCGGCAGACAUGAACCCGUCCUUGGUGAGCUGGCUCACCACCAUGAUGAGCAUGCGCCUGCAAGUCAUCCUGGAGCACAUGCCAGUCACAGAGGAACAGAUCUUGCAAUAUGUCCGCAGAGUGGGCGACCUCCCACAGCCUGCUCCCGAAGAGCCCAUGGACGUCCAGAUUGCAGAACAGGCUCCAGAGACCAUACAGCGAGAGACUGCGGCCUCCCCGGCCCCAGCCACGACAGCAGAGGAAGCCAUGCCCCAGCAGCGAGGGGAGCCGGAACGUGAGGAAUUGCAGCAGGGGGAGCCCCCCGCCCCCGAUGUGGAGCCCUGGGCCGCUGCUGUGCCCCCCGAGUGGGUGCCCAUCAUCCGGGAGGACAUCCAGAGCCAGCGCAAGCUCAAGCAACAGCCGCCCCUCAGUGAUGCUUACCUGAGCGGUAUGCCAGCUAAGCGGCGCAAGACAAUGCAGGGUGAUGGCCCCCCAUUGCUCCUGUCAGAGGCUGUCAACAAAGCCGCGAGAGUGGUCGGAGUAAAACCUUUGACGAGCGCCGAAAGCCUGAACCGAGACCUUGCUGAUCCGGCCUUGCAAGAUGGAUACCAGCAGCAGUUGAAAUCCGAUCUGCAGGAGAGACUUCAGUCCGAUCCCAGCUUCACUCCUCAGCGCUUUCCCAGUGCCCAGCAGGCCUUUGUGGCUGAAGACUCCUAAGAGAGGCUGGCCGGAAGCGCCUGAGGCCGAGGCCUGUUCAUCAAAGCUGGCCUCGCUGUCCACAUGCGCGUGAUGCAGACACCCCACUCCUUUCUCAGGCCAAAUAUUUAAAUUCCAUUUAUUUUCCCCCAUGGUUGCAGUGACUUUUCUCCCCCCCCCUCCCCGUGGAGUGUCCAAGCUGCUGCCAAAAUCAAUAAAGGAAAACCACAUGUCCAGGA